AUGAAAUUCGAUAAGCCGAAGAUCGAGCAGCAGUCCCUUGAGGACCGGUACACGAAAUACAUGAGAAUGUUUCAUUGGGACAAGGAGACCAUGUUGGCAAUCCGUGACGGGGUGAAUAAGGAGUGCCGUCAGGCUUUACGUCACCACAAGAACCCGACUCGCGAGGAGCCAGCUUCGAUGCCGUUCCUGGACACGUGUGUCUCUGUGUCGCCGACGGGCAAGGAGCGUGGGAUAUACUACGCGGUUGACUUCGGAGGGACGAAUUUGCGUGUGGUGCGCGUAGAGAUGAGUGGCACGGGGGUUAAAGCGUGCGGACACGCGUCGAUGAACUUCGAGGAGUACGGGCGGGAGUUUGCGCCGGGUUUGCCGCGAGGCUUGUUGGACUCGCAUGCGACGGCGACAAUGUUGUUCGAUAGCAUUGCGUUGUUUGCGAAGAAGUUUAUGACAGAGAAUGGCGACCUGGCGAAGGCGGCGGAUGGUCCGUUUGCUUGUGGGUUCACCUUCAGUUUCCCGAUGGAGCAGCACGGGAUCGAUUCAGGAGUGUUGACGCACUGGAACAAGAACUUUGAGACCGGGCGCGACACGGAUGACAAAGUGGAGGGCGAGGCGGACGUGUGUCAGUUGUUGGAUACAGCCUUCUCGCGGAAUGAGGUGCCCUUGCGUGUGUCUGCGGCUUUGAACGACACCACGGGAACUUUAUUGUCGGCGGCUUAUUCGCUGCGAUCGGUCCGGGGUGCCCCUCCAUGUUGUAUUGGCUUGAUUGUGGGUACGGGCAUGAACGCGUGCUACAUUGAGAAGACGGCGCCGCGUUUCGACUAUCAGGGCAUUAUUAUCAACACGGAGUGCGGCGGCUACCGGUACAAGCUGCCGCGAAACAUAAUUGAUCGGCAAGUCGACUGCGCCACGGCGAACCUGGGGCAGCAGUUGACGGAGAAGAUAUGUUCCGGUCUGUACUUGGCUGAACUCUGUCGGCGCGCGAUUUUGCGCGUCUUCCGUUGGGAGGCACCGCCGCUGGCUUGGGUGCACGACUCGCUCAGCACGGCUGCGUGCUGCGCCGCCGCCUACGACGCUGACUUGAGCGCCACGCGUGUCAUGCUCGACCGCCAGCUCGAGUGGCCGGAGCCGAGUGAACGCACUCUCGAAAUUGUGCGCGACGUGUGUCGCGCCGUCCUACGCCGCUCCGCCAACAUGGUCGCCGUCAUCAUCGCAGCCCUCGCCAAACAGUCCGGCCGCCUCCAAUACGCCGCCGGGGGCAUCAGUGUUGGCAUCGACGGCAGCGUCUUCGUCCGCAACCCGCAGUACCGCGAAGACAUCGCCGUCGCUCUCCGCUUCAUUCUCGGUGACGGCGUCGGUAAACUCAUCCAUCUCCACCAAGCCCAAGACGGUAGCGGACUCGGUGCAGCCAUCCUCGCCGCGCUAGAAGAUUCUCGCACAAUGAGCAGAACCCAAAGCCUUCUUGACUUCUAA